ACAAAGAAGGUUAUUGUUAGCCACACAAAGAUGAAUAUCAAUAGCACAAAGGGACUUCUUGCACUCUUUGCGUUUGUGUUCUUUGCAUUGGGUAAUGCACAAAAUACCCUUGUGCCAGCAAUCAUAACAUUUGGUGACUCAGCCGUGGAUGUUGGGAAUAAUGAUUAUUUGCCUACCAUUUUCAAGGCAAAUUACCUUCCUUAUGGAAGGGACUUUUUCAACCAUCAACCCACUGGGAGGUUCUGCAAUGGGAAACUAGCCACUGAUAUUACUGCUGAAACGCUGGGUUUUAAGAGUUUCGCACCUGCAUAUCUUAGCCCUCAGGCUUCAGGGAAGAAUCUUCUCAUUGGAGCAAACUUUGCUUCAGCAGCCUCUGGUUAUGAUGAAAAAGCUGCUAUUUUGAACCAUGCGAUUCCAUUGUCUCAACAGUUAAAGUAUUUCAAGGAAUAUCAAGGCAAGUUGGCCAAGGUUGCUGGUAGUAAAAAAGCAGCGUUGAUUAUUAAGGAUGCGCUGUACAUAUUGAGUGCUGGCAGUAGUGAUUUUGUGCAAAACUAUUACGUCAAUCCUAUAAUAAGCAAAGCCUUAACUCCUGAUCAGUAUUCUGCAUACCUUGUGGGUGCAUUUUCAAUCUUUGUUAAGGACUUGUAUAAAUUGGGAGCUAGGAAAGUUGGAGUGACUUCACUCCCACCUCUAGGGUGCCUACCUGCUGCAAGAACAUUGUUUGGUUUCCACGAGAAUGGUUGUGUCUCGAGGAUCAACAAUGAUGCCCUAGGAUUUAACAACAAAAUCAAAACAGCUGCAGCAAAUCUCCAGAAGCAGCUUCCUGGUCUUAAGAUUGUUGUGUUUGAUAUUUUCAAACCUCUUUAUGAGCUUGUUCAGUCCCCUUUAAAAUCUGGUUUUGCCGAGGCAAGGAAAGGUUGCUGUGGUACUGGAAUAGUGGAGACAACAUCUUUAUUGUGCAAUCCAAAAUCACCAGGAACUUGUUCUAAUGCAACCCAAUAUGUGUUUUGGGAUAGCGUCCAUCCUUCACAAGCUGCUAACCAAGUUCUAGCCGAUGCAUUGAUUCUACAAGGCAUAGCCCUUAUCACUUAAGGGCUCAUGGAAAUGAGGCAAAAGUUUAUUAGUUCUCGAUUCCGGAGAAGCCAGUAAUAUUGUAGUAUUUAAUAAAAUCUUGAGAAAUUUCAUA